CUUGCUGAGAGCGCACGGCCACGGGGAAGAGCUCCCUAGAAGACUCCUCGGGCUCCAGGCGGACGCCCUGAAAAGCACUGGCUAACGCUUGGGUCUGGCCCCGCUGAGGCACGCCCCUAGCUCCUGGGAGCGGACUCAGCCGGGUGCCCAAACUCCGCCCACCCUCCCGGGGAGCCCGCCUGCCCCCUGCACUCACCCGAGCGGGGCCCGGAGCUGCAAGGAGGCUGAACACAGCAGGAUCCAGGAGCGCUCGGGUGUGCAGUGGACGCUCCGAUGGCCCCCGGAGGCGGAGAGAACAGCGUGGACCCCUGAAAUCAGCUGCUUGUCUGCAAGGUAGGGAAAAAGAAGAUGCCCAAAUCAACUUGAUCUUUAGGGAAAGUGGGCUGGGGAGCGCCUUUCUUGCCCCCGAGUGCAGCGCUGCGAGUUUGGCUUGACCUCCGGCACACACUUUGAGCUCUCCGGUUCGGACUCGCUGCCCCUGGGGAAAGCGCAGUCGGAAAGUUGUCGGUGGCGGUGCCCCAUGCGCCCCAUUGCGUAACCUCAGCACGGUGGCCGGGCGGGGAAGUUGGUGGCCCGGCCAGCAGCCCAGCCUGGUCCUGGCGGCGGGGCGGAUUUCAUGGCCCGCGGAGCCAGAGCUGGUGUGGACAAGCCUGUGUGUGCCCCCUCCCGUGGGGAUCCCGGGCGCUGGCUCUCUCCAGCUCGUUGGCUUUUCCGAUGCUCCGAGGUGCGCCCUUUGCAGCUGCCGCCCUCUCACCACUGCUUGCCCCUAGGAGCCGCUGCCUAAGUCUAGGAGGAGAGAAUGGCCGAGGUGCCUUGGUCGGCUGUCCCGAACGGGACCGAUGCUCCCUUCCUGGCCAGCCCGGGCUUGCCCUGGGGCAACAGCACGGCGGCCUCCACAGCCGGGAUUGCGUCCUUCACUUGCUCGCUGACCAAGACGGGCUUCCAGUUCUACUACCUGCCGGCUGUCUACAUCUUGGUGUUCGUUGUCGGCUUCCUGGGCAACAGCGUGGCCAUCUGGAUGUUCGUCUUCCACAUGAAGCCGUGGAGCGGCAUCUCGGUGUACAUGUUCAACUUGGCCUUGGCCGACUUCCUGUACGUUCUGACUCUGCCCGCGCUCAUCUUCUACUACUUUAACAAGACGGACUGGAUCUUCGGGGAUGCCAUGUGUAAGCUGCAGAGGUUCAUCUUCCACGUGAACCUGUACGGCAGCAUCUUGUUCCUAACCUGCAUCAGCGCGCACCGGUACAGCGGCGUGGUGUACCCGCUCAAGUCUCUGGGCAGGCUCAAGAAGAAGAAUGCGGUCUACAUCAGCGUGCUGGUGUGGCUCAUCGUGGUGGUGGGGAUCUCUCCCAUCCUCUUCUACUCGGGUACCCAGGUCCGGAAAAACAAAACCACCACCUGCUACGACACCACCUCACAGGAGUACCUGCGAAGUUAUUUUAUCUACAGCAUGUGUACAACCGUGGCCAUGUUCUGUGUCCCCUUGGUGCUAAUUCUGGGCUGUUACGGAUUAAUUGUCAGAGCUCUGAUCUACAACGACCUGGACAACUCGCCUCUGAGGAGGAAAUCCAUUUACCUGGUGAUUAUUGUACUAACUGUUUUUGCUGUCUCUUACAUCCCCUUCCAUGUCAUGAAAACGAUGAAUUUGCGGGCUCGGCUGGAUUUUCAGACACCAGAAAUGUGUGCUUUCAAUGACAGGGUUUAUGCCACUUACCAGGUGACAAGAGGUCUAGCAAGUCUCAACAGUUGUGUGGACCCCAUUCUCUAUUUCUUGGCAGGAGAUACUUUCAGAAGGAGACUGUCCCGGGCCACCAGGAAAGCUUCCAGAAGAAGUGAGGCAAACUUGCAAUCCAAGAGUGAAGACAUGACCCUCAAUAUUUUAUCUGAGUUCAAACAGAAUGGAGAUACAAGCCUGUGAAGAUGCAAGAACCACCACCCCCUCUACUUCUGUAACCUGGUCUUGGGAUGCCGGCAUGGUUUAUAAUAUAUGUUCCACACAUUGUUUUCACUUGAAGUGUGGAUCUAGUGAGGUGGCCAGUGCCUACAAAUGUCCUUUUACUUCAUGGCGUGUUUUCUCCAGGGUUUCUUCUUUAUACAACACAUAAUGGACAAUGAUAACCUGUGAAUACAUGCCAAACAGUAACAAGAAUGAUCUUGCCCAACCCCUUUUAGGCACAAAGAGGUCUCUGGGAAGUGUCUGUCCUAAUGGUUAAAACAUACAGAGGGUCAAGAUGAAAUAGUGAUCUAUUGGCUAGAGAUCUGAUAAUGUGAUGAUGUAAGUAGGUAUUUUAAUAGUAAAGGAAGAAAUCUGUUGGUGUUUGGAUGAAAGCACUGUCAAAAUUAGAGAACUUACCAGUUAGCUCAAUUUCACACUAAAAACUAUUUUAAUGCCAAGUUCAAGGUAGUUUAUGGCUCACUGAUUGGCAUCUUUGACUCUUUAAACAUCACUGUGUCCACUUGGAUUAAAAUGAUAAAAACACAGACCAGGAAGAGAUACAGCAGAGAGCAGGAUUCAGAGUUAAAAACAUGGCAUUGCCACUCAGCCAACUAUGGAACUCUUGACCCAUUCAAUACCACUCUCCAUGGAUUAAAAAAGUUGGAUGACAUCCAUUUGUUGGACCUCCGGGGAUGUGGUAAAGCAUGAAGACUACAGAGAUGCAUAAAAUCUGCUACUGUAUUUUCCAGGACUCUUCGAUUCCAGUCCUUGGCUAAAAAUUCUCACAAAGCUUACCAAUCAUGAUGUGGACCUAUGACCCCUAAGAUCUCUCAAUCUACUCCAAACAAUACAGUAAACUGCCUUUGGAUACAAGAGAUGUCCGUGCUUAGAGAACUGGAAUUGGACUAGUGAAAAUAAAGAUAUGUAAGUAGUUAGUAAUCUACUGAAGCUUUAACUUAGCUGGGUAGAUUGCAACUAACAGAGUAUUUAUUGAUGAAGCUCACAGUCCUUUGGUUGUAUAGAUUGAAAAACUUUCUUGAAAGAACAAAUAUGCUGAUGUAAAUUAUAUUUAUUUUAAUGUAUAUGUCACACUAGUGUAUUUUACAUAAUGUGUUACAUAGAUAAAAUGAAUUAUUCUAUAUUAUGCUUUUCAAAUAUCAGCAUCUUGAAAUGUCUAAGUCUUAAGAUUCUAAUCUAAAAUAUGAAUGUUUGGCUAAUUGUCUCUAGAAAUGCUUUUGCAUGUUUACCUUUUUACUUAGGAUUCUAUAUAUAGACACAAUUGGAUGUCAAAACCAUCAUAAGCUCAAUAGUAAACACAAUAUCUUUGCCAGACUAAGUCUGUAUUGUCUAUUUUUUAUAUGACCUAGAAAAGUUUAUAUGGUCUUUAAAAAAACAUUUAGAGUUGUGCCCCCCCAAAACAGUUGAAACUUCCAUUUCCAAUGCAAAAUCUUGUCCUAAAUUCAAAAUAGAUCUUACAUUUUAGAAGUCAGGAGGAAUGGGCAUUACAAAUACAUCAGAUACCUAGGGAGAGAAAAGGCAGCUGGUGCAAUCAGUUACUGUCCUUAGUUCUGCUUACAUUUUCGUGUUGUGUUUCUUAAGGUGAAAGAGUGUAAUCUUACUUAUGUUGAGAUGGAGUUUCUAAGUAACACACUACCAGCAAGUUCAAGACUGCUAUUUUAAUUUGUACGUGUUCAGUUGGUAACUUGAAGUUCAAGUUUUAUAGUGAUAACUGUAUAUGAUUUGGCUGCUGAAUUGUUACAAUUUUUUAUUAUGUUUGUACAUUGUAUCAUACAUCAGUACUAAUUGAUAUGAAGGGGGAUAUAUGUUACAUAUCAAAAUUUGUGACUUUGAAUUCUAGUAUAUUUUAGUGUUUUUGCAGAAAUGUUUAUUUUUAUAUUGUCUGUGAUUGUAAUAGAGUUGAACUAGAUUUUUUUGUGAUUAGUAGUUCCAUUGAAUGAGCAGUAUGCAAACAGUGUUACUUGACAUUUUGAGCCUUCUCAGGUUUAUCUAAAUCAAUGGUAAAUUAACAAAUUCCAGACUAAUUGUAUGUAAUUGUGUUCUUAAUAAAAGGAACAUAUAUUUCCUGUAAGUUUGCAUGCAUGAGUGUACAAUAUUGUGUGUUUGUCGAAAGCAUGCAGCCAACUUUGUAUCUGAUAUUUAUAAUAGGAAAGCCUUGAUAUGAUCACCAUCAGAAUUGUACCUACUAUAAAGUCUCAAUAAAACUAUGAAAUGUGA